AUGAAACGAGAAAGUUCUGCCUUGCUCCAGAAGGCUGAAUCGCUGGAUGAUGACAAAGUGCGAGAGAAGGAGGCUCUCACCCAGCAGGCAAAUGAAGUUCUGAAAGAACGUGAAGAGGUUCUUGAGGAAGAAACAAAGAAAGCAAUAGCAGCAUUGCCCCCUCAGGAAGUGUGUGAG